AUGUCUUGCAAAUUUUUCUCAUUUCCCCUCCUGCUUGUGUUAUCACUUUGCCUGGCAACCACAUCGACCCAGGAUGUCAUGGAAUUCGAACUGACGUUGACUACAAAGGCCACAUGUGAUAAUGAAGAGCGACCUGAAAAUAAGGCUGCCUGUGCUGGCCAACCCUACGGAGCACAGGUACCAUAUCCUGGCAAUUGUUCCAAAUUUUUAGUCUGUAUGUGUGAAUAUCCCACGGUAAAGGAUUGUCCGGGUGGUACCUGGUGGGAUAAUUCAUUGAAGACGUGUAAUUAUCCGCAAAAUGUUAAUUGUCCGUGGAGUGGCGGAAGCAGUACAACACCUAGUUCGACAACAUCUACCCCAAGCCCAGAUAACGAAUGGGGUGUAAAUUGUGAAACUCCUCCCGGUAUGACCUCUGAUCUUUGUCUAGACUAUGGCAAUGGCUAUUUGUUGCGUUAUCCUUACAAUUGUAAUGCCUAUUUAAAUUGUACCAUGGGUUGUCCGGUCAUGACAUAUUGUCCGGUGGAUAAGGUAUUUAAUCAAUGGUUAAAAAUUUGUGAUACCCCUGAGACGGCCCAGUGUGUCGAACUGCCAAUGCCCUCAACCACCACACCCAUUCCUACGACAACCACAAGAACAACUGAGCUGACCACUACCACCGAUAUAACCUCCACUACAACCGAAAUUUGUGUAUACCCUUCCGAUAUUCCGGAAAACUAUUGUGAUGGCUUUGAAAAGGGUUCUGUGCUAAGUUACCCCUACAACUGUUCCGCCUAUAUCAGCUGUCGAAAUGAUUGCCCCCAUUUGGAAUAUUGUGAGAAAAAUAAGGUAUUCAAUAGCCUCUUGGGGAUUUGUGAUGAUGCCAAUACUGCGGAAUGUACGGAAGAACCCUAUCCCACUCCGGGAACCCCUGGGCAAACGACCGAAGAACCAACACCAACCACAACAACUAGCACAACAACUCUACCCCAAUUCACCCCCACCUUGCCACCCGGAAUACCUGAAGGUAUGUGCCAUGAUCAUGCCGAUUACACCCUCGUCCCCUAUGCGGAAAAUUGUCGACAAUAUUUGAUGUGCAUGCAGGGUGAAGUGGAGCUGAUGAACUGUCCCAACGGCUGGCUAUUCAAUGCCCAAUUGAAAAUGUGCGAUGAUGCGGGAGAGCAGGUAUGCUAUACGGGACCGGCCACAACAACCACAGAGGCUAGUAGCAGCAGCACCACCACUACCACAACUUCUGCACCGAUUUUAGAUUUAUGUUUGGAUCAGCCAUCGGGUACAAGUUUCCCCUAUCCUCAGGAUUGUAAACAAUAUUACUAUUGUCGGGGCAAUGGUACCUAUUAUGUGCUGCCCUGUCCUAAUAAUAAUUAUUAUGAUCCGAUAUCGGGUAAUUGUGGUCCGGAUGUAUCGCCAACGGCUUGCCAAGAAACUACGACAACCACUACUACCACAACUCCGGCACCCACUACCUUAAGCCCGGAGCAGAUGUGUGCAGGGCAGGAAUUUGGUACUACCUUCCCGUAUGAGGCAAAUUGUCAGGAGUAUAUCAUGUGUACCAAUAAUGGAGGCUAUAAGAUUAUGAAAUGUCCGGGUAAUAAUUAUUAUUAUCCGGAUACGGGUAAUUGUGGGCCCAGUAAUGAUGUGGAUAUUUGCCGUAAGGGUGAAACGACAACGACCACAUCAAAACCAAGCACCACAUCUACGACAACAAGUACCACCAACUCCAGGCCAACAACAACCACCACUGCAGCCCCUACUCCUGGUCCUGCAGAGGAAAAUAUCUGUGGCAACUAUACAAAUGGUGAGCUCAUAGAAUAUCCUGACAAUUGCCACAAAUACAUUAGCUGUGUUCGACCCAUACCCAUUGGCUUCUAUUGUCCGGGUAAUUUAUAUUUCAAUUUGGAGCAACAGAAAUGUUCCGCUGAGGGUGAUGGAGAAUGUUCGCAAGGGUCCUCGAAUGAAACCACAACGGCAGCACCACCUAGUGACAUUUGUCAGAAUGCUGAGGAGGGUACCCAUCAAGUUUAUCCUCUCGAUUGCCAAAUGUACUACGAAUGUCUGGGUAAUGGUAACUAUAUGCUGCAGGUCUGCAAUCAGGGUGAAUAUUACAACCCUUUGACACAGCAAUGUUCCAGCCAAGUGGGUCCAAAUUAUUGUAAGGGAAAUUUUGAUACCACCACGACGACGACCACCACAACAGCAAGUCCUCCCAAACCCCAACAUGGUAUCUGCUGGGAGAAACCCAAUGGCUAUAAGAUACCCUACCCCAAUGAUUGUUCGAAAUUUAUUGUUUGCAAUCAGCCGAUACCCACGGGAUAUUAUUGUCCAGCAGGUUUGGAAUUUAGUUCUGAGGCCCAAACGUGUGUAGAACCUUGGCAAUCGGAUUGUGGUGGGCUAACUACUACCACCACAACGGAAUCACAACAAUCUACCACGCCAACGGAUAAUAAAUGUAGCCAUGAACCAGAUUAUACAAUUUUGCCCUAUGAGUCCGAUUGUUCGCAGUUCAUUAUUUGUAUUGAUAACGAGGAAAAUAUAGCUGUGUGUCCGAAGGGACAAUAUUUUGAUGUCGUCAAAGGGAUGUGUAGUUCACAGGCCAAUUCACAGUCAUGUCGUUACGACAGUUCGAGCACUACGACCACUGAAAUGACAACCUCCACCACUACUACAAACGAAGUGCCAACCACUUCGACCACUAUCGAAAUGUCAACCACUACGACCACUACCUCCACCACACCAUCGAACAAUAAAUGCAGCCAUGAACCAGAUUACACCCUGUUACCCUAUGAGCCGAAUUGUUCGCUGUAUAUUAUGUGUAUUAAUAAUAUCGAAACUUUAGGUGGGUGUCCGAAGGGACAAUAUUUUGAUGUCCUAAAAGGGAUGUGUAGUUCACAAGGUAAUCCGCAGUCAUGUCUACCUAGUACUACCAGCACCACUACCACCAAAAUGCCAACCUCCACUACCACUGAAAUGCCAACCACCUCGACCACUACCUCCACCACACCAUCGAACAAUAAAUGCAGCCAUGAACCAGAUUACACCCUGUUACCCUAUGAGCCGAAUUGUUCGCUGUAUAUUAUGUGUAUUAAUAAUAUCGAAACUUUAGGUGGGUGUCCGAAGGGACAAUAUUUUGAUGUCCUAAAAGGGAUGUGUAGUUCAGAAGGUAAUCCGCAGUCAUGCCUACCUAGUAGUACCAGCACCACUACCACCAAAAUGUCAACCUCCACUACCACAGAAAUGCCAACCACUUCGACCACUACCUCCACCACACCAUCGAACAAUAAAUGUAGCCAUGAACCAGAUGAUACCCUGUUACCCUAUGAGCCAAAUUGUGCGCUGUACAUUGUUUGUUAUAAUAAUACAGAAUAUUUAGGUGGAUGUCCGAAGGGACAAUAUUUUGAUGUCCUCAAAGGGAUGUGUAGUUCAGAAGGUAAUCCGCAGUCAUGCCUACCUAUUAGUACCAGCACCACUACCACCGAAAUGCCAACCACCUCGUCCACUUCCACCGCACCACCGAACAAUAGAUGUAGCCAUGAACCAAAUGAUACCCUGUUACCCUAUGAGCCAAAUUGUGCGCUGUACAUUGUUUGUUAUAAUAAUACAGAAUAUUUAGGUGGAUGUCCGAAGGGGCAAUAUUUUGAUGUCCUAAAAGGGAUGUGUAGUUCCGAAGGUAAUUCCCAGUCAUGCCUUUAUGGUAGUACCACCGAAAUGCCAACCUCCACCACAACUACCACUACACCAAAACCCAACAUGGGACCCUGUUAUGGUGUAGCGAAUGGUGGCAAAGUACCCUAUCCGAAUAACUGCAGAAAAUAUAUCGAAUGUCAUGAUCCCAUACCGGUGGCAAUGGAGUGUCCCGAAGGCCUAGAAUUCAAUAGUGACUUAGGUGAAUGUGUGAGACCCGAAGAUGCCAAUUGUAGUAUAAAAACCACCACAACAGAGACUCCUACAACCACUACGAGUAGCUCCAUAACCAAUACCUCCACCACCAACACCCCUACUACCACUGAAUACACAACAUCAUCUCCAGCUAAUAUUUGUGCAGAUUUACCCACAGGUUCCACCAUUACCUAUCCUGCGGAUUGUUCCAAAUAUUAUAUGUGUUUGAAUGGUAAUGCGGUAUUGGUUUCAUGUAUGCCGAAUACGUAUUAUAAUCCCGCGAGUGGUGAGUGCGACACCUCUUCACCAACACAGUGUCGGGAGGGUUUGCCAACUCCACCAACUACAGAACUGUUGCCAACCACAACAACAACAGAAUUACCAACCACAAGCAGCACCACCACUACUCCAGCAAAUAUUUGUGCAGAUUUACCCACGGGAUCCACCAUUACCUAUCCUGCGGAUUGUUCCAAAUAUUAUAUGUGUUUGAAUGGUAAUCCAGUAUUGGUUUCAUGUAUGCCCAAUACCUAUUAUAACCCCGCAAGUGGGCAGUGUGACACCUCUUCGCCAACACAGUGUCGGGAGGAUCAACAAUCAACCAGUACAACAGAAUCGCCAACCACAACAGAUUUACAUACCACAAGCAGCAGUACCACAAGCGAGCUACCAACCACCACCACCAGCACCUCUACCACCACAACCGAAUCAAAUCCUUCCGAAAACAAUGGCAACAUAUGUUGUGGCCACAAAACCGGUACCCUUUUACCCUAUCCGGGUAAUAAUACCAAAUAUGUCAUAUGUUUAUAUCCCGUACCGGAGGUAGCUGAAUGUUUGGCAAAUUCCAUAUAUGAUCCAAUAUCGGAGACCUGUAAGACAGAGGAUAAUGGUUUUAUACCCAUGCCUGAAUGUACAUCGGUACCAUAUGGUCAAGGUUUGCCGUAUGAGGGAGAUUGCCGUAAAUAUUAUCAAUGUUUCGGAACGAUGGCUAAGGUAAUGAAUUGUGCUGAUAAUUGGUAUUUUAAUGCCCAGCUGGGUGACCCAAAUGAGCAGCAGUCUGGAGAAUCGGAUUCAAAUGGUAUAGAAGGUGAAAUCGAUUCAAAUGUGCCAGAGGACAAUGAAGAUAAUAGUACUCCGAUAAAACCGGCUGCCAUACCUAACUACAAGGAACUUGCCGAGCUUUGUGAAAAUACCCAAAAAGACAUCAUCCCCUACCCUCAAGAUUCGCAGCAUUUUGUGGUGUGUCUUGUUGAUCCACCCUAUUAUGGUGAUUGUGGAGAUGGCAUGUGCUUCGAAAGUGCUUUAGCAAUGUGUAUAGUGUGCCCGCCCACACCGACUGCCAUACCUAACUACAAGGAACUUGCCGAGCUUUGUGAAAAUAACCAAAAUAGCAUCAUCCCCUACCCUCAAGAUUCGCAGCAUUAUGUGGUGUGUUUUGUUGAUCCACCCUAUUAUGGUGAUUGGUGCCCGCCCACACCGACUGCCAUACCUAACUACAAGGAACUUGCCGAGCUUUGUGAAAAUAACCAAAAUAGCAUCAUCCCCUACCCUCAAGAUUCGCAGCAUUAUGUGGUGUGUUUUGUUGAUCCACCCUAUUAUGGUGAUUGUGGAGAUGGCAUGUGCUUCGAUGGAGCUUUUGCAAUGUGUUUAGGGUGCCCGCCCACACCGACUGCCAUACCUAACUACAAGGAACUUGCCGAGCUUUGUGAAAAUAACCAAAAUAGCAUCAUCCCCUACCCUCAAGAUUCGCAGCAUUAUGUGGUGUGUUUUGUUGAUCCACCCUAUUAUGGUGAUUGUGGAGAUGGCAUGUGCUUCGAUGGAGCUUUUGCAAUGUGUUUAGGGUGCCCGCCCACACCGACUGCCAUACCUAACUACAAGGAACUUGCCGAGCUUUGUGAAAAUAACCAAAAUAGCAUCAUCCCCUACCCUCAAGAUUCGCAGCAUUAUGUGGUGUGUUUUGUUGAUCCACCCUAUUAUGGUGAUUGUGGAGAUGGCAUGUGCUUCGAUGGAGCUUUUGCAAAGUGUAGAGUCUGCCCGCCCACACCGACUGCCAUACCUAACUACAAGGAACUUGCCGAGCUUUGUGAAAAUAACCAAAAUAGCAUCAUCCCCUACCCUCAAGAUUCGCAGCAUUAUGUGGUGUGUUUUGUUGAUCCACCCUAUUAUGGUGAUUGUGGAGAUGGCAUGUGCUUCGAUGGAGCUUUUGCAAAGUGUAGAGUCUGCCCGCCCACACCGAGAAUUUGCAAUGGCAAGCCAACGCUUGAGAAAGUUCCGCUGGAUUGUCAAACCUAUUAUAUUUGCAUGGCCCAGCCCCUGGCCAUAGAGUGUCCGGCAAAUCAACAUUAUUCCAGCGACAAGGGAAAAUGUCUUCCCGCAAUUGAGGCCAAUUGUUUGCCAUUUGGCAAAUGGUGCCAAAAUAAGCAGAACGGUCUACGUUUUGAAUCCCAAAACUGUCACCAAUACUACGAAUGCCAGGAUGAGGAAAUAUUCUUGAAGUCCUGUCAAUUCAAUGAAUAUUACGAUAAGGCAAAGGGUAAUUGUGUCCCCGGAUUUUGUACAACGGACGAUGGAACUGUAUUGGAACGUGAACCGAUCUGUACAACUACCAUGGAAGGUGUAAAAAUGGUCCAUCCUAAGUGCUAUAAAUAUUAUGUAUGCCUUAAUAAGAUAGCCUAUGAAAGUCAGUGUCCCACGGGUUAUUAUUUCAAUGCCACCUCCAAGAAAUGUAUUAUCGAUACCAAUGAAACCUGUAAAGAUUCUUGA